AUUUGCCCCAGUAUUUUGCCCGCCGCCAUCAUCUCGUCAUGGAGCGGGUGCUGAGCGCGCUACGGUCCUCCGAAUCCAAAAUACGCUUGUCUGGAGUCGGGGCCGCCGAUCCAUACAUUGACACGGAAGGAUGGGAAGAAUUGCUGUCGGCACUGGUGGGGUGUCUGAGCGACAACAACUCAAAGGUAGCCCAAGGUAGCUUGAAGGUCCUUGCAAAGCUCGUCGCGAGUCCACACAAGUCCCCCGAUGCCCUCCGGCCUUGCUUUGCCCUUGUUUGGGGUCCGCUCAAGGAAAAGAUGGGCGACAGCAAGCUUCCCGCGCGCGAAGCCGCGACCGAUCUCUUGCUCGUGUUCAUGGAUAAACUGGGGAUGAGUUCCAUGAUGGAUCGAUUCAAGUUGUGUGCCGGACACAAGAACUGGCGGACGCGCGAACAGAUUCUCGUCGCCAUUCUCUUGGCCAUGCAACGCUUCCGCGGUGAUCCCAAUCGACUCUGUCUCGAUGGACUUGUCGACAUGGCACUCAAACUCCUCGAAGAUUCCGCCAAAGAAGUCCGCGACGCCAGCAUCAACGUCCUUGAAGCUCUCUACUCCCUUCGUGGCCACGCUCUCUUGGCCGACCUUCAAUCCAAGCACAUUCGAAACACGCACAUGCGCAUGCUCCUCUCCAGAUUUGGCGCCGACGAUCUAAGCAGCCUAGCGCGCGGAUCGACAGCCCAAUCAUCAUCGCCGCCGUCGUCGUCUCGAUCGCUCCCGUCGUCCCCGCCCAAAGCCCUGGCGCCAUCCCCCUCGCCAGCUUCCGGCAACCCCCCGCCCCCUGCGACAUCGUUUCUCGGCGCUGCCCCGUCGUUACAACUGGAGACGACGUGCAAAUACUCGGACCGAGAGCUUAUGAUGGAGUUGCAGCAGAUCGGACAUGGGCUCGCGACAGGCACGGACUGGGCCAAACGCGUCGAAGCACUGCAACAACUGCAGCGGGUCGUAGCAUCCGGCGGCGCCUUCCACGCUGGGUUUGCGCCGUCGUUGCGGGCACUCCGGGAGCCUCUGUGUGAGCAAGUGGGCGACCUCCGCUCCACCGUGGCCCGCGAAGCAUGCGCGACCAUCACGGCGCUGGCGUCGGCCCUGACAGGCGACGAUUCGUGGGCGCAUUUGGUCGAGUUCUUCGUGGCAGCGCUGCUGAAAGCCACGUACGUGACGAUCCAGGUCAUCUCGACGUCCGCCGACGCCUGCAUCAAGAGCAUCAUCCACAGUGGUCGCGGCGGCGGCGGCUACGUCAAGGCCCUAGCCAAGUUCAUUGAAGGCGUGCGUGCACGUAACCAAGUGCUUCGAUUACACUGCGUCGAGUACGUGACCCUGGCGUUGACUUGCUGGCAUGUGACAGUGCUCGACAAAUAUGUGGAUACGCUGGUGGGGUUGCUCCCAGCCAUGCUUUUGGACGCCCAGGCGGACGUGCGCGCCGCCAGUCGAAAAUGUUUUUGGGCCUUUCACGCCCAAUACGAGUCGCGGGCGUUGCAUGUCCUGCACCACCAAUUGGACAGUUCGACCCAACGACGGCUUCAAGACGACCGACAACCAUGCGACACUAGUACGACUACUAGUAGUAUUACUACUGCUACUAGUAGUAGUAGCACUAGUACCUCUACCGCGGCUGGAUCGGUUGUGUCUUUCCCGUCAAGACUGGCGCAACCGCCUCCUUCAAUGCAUGCAUCUUCACAUGUCAAGAGCGGCGCGCUGCGCGUGGAAAACGUCGACGCCGUCACGUCCUCGUUGUCUUCGUCGUCGUCGUCGUCGGCUGUUGCGUCGGGACCUGCGCGUGUGCUGAGUCGUAAAUCCGUGCCAUUGAAAGACCCAGACGACGCCAGUGUCCAGCGAGUUGUGCAAGGUCCAUUGCGUGUGCUGAGUACUACUAGUAGUAGUAUUAGUAGUACUACUACUGGUGUGGCAUCUUCGUCGUCCACCGGCGACCACAACCCAACAACGUCAUCAUUGUCGGCGGCGGCGGCGGGGGCCAAGCGCGUGGAGUUUCCCAGUACAGCUGCCAUGUCCACUAGUGUUGUUGCUAGUAGCCACUCGACUAAAUCGUUGCCCCCCCCCAGUGGCCAUAACGCUCGCCACGGGGACUCUGCGACAUGGAUCAAGGGCCAGUAUGCGACAGAGGUGGAGAAGGACGAGAUGGCCAUAUUGGGGUUGUUGGACAAGGCGGACGAUGCGCUGUGGCUCACGCGGCUGGCGGCACUAGAUCAUCUCGUCCAGGUCGUGCAGUCGUCGUCGUCAUCGGAGGAUGGGGUCGUGUUUGUGGCCAGUGUGAAGAUGGUCAAGCUGGUGCAGCGCCGUCUAGGAGACUCGCACUACCGCGUCGUCCACGCUGCGCUCAAGCUCACGCUGGCCCUGCUCACGGCCUCUACUAGUACUACUAGUAGUACCUCGCUGCCGUGGAAAUCGAUCCUGCCCAAGGUGUUUGCCAAGGCUGUGGAUGUUAAAGACAGCGUCCGCCUCGCCGCCGAGAGCGUUUUAAACGCGUUUCAAACGGUAGUAGACGCCUCGGCGCUGGCUGUGGCGGUGGCAUCGACCAUGCUGGACGGCAUUCCGACCAAGGUGAAAGCGGUCGUGAUUGCAUUCAUGACGCCGCUUGUGCCUCUGGCCGUGGACGUGUUUAGUAAUACUUCGUUCGUGCGCAGUUUGGUGCUCAAGAUCGUGCUGUUGGUGGAACACGACGGGACUAGUAGUACUAGUAGUAGUACUACAUCCGCCGCCGUCGGUGGGCUCGUGCACGCGCUGUACGCGAAUGUGGCGCCGACGAUGGCCGUGGUCGAGUCGCAUUUGCCCACCGCCAAAGCGACGCUAUUGCAACGGUACAAGGCAGCUAGUACUACUACUAGUAGGAGUCGCCCCUUGGUUGUGGACCCGCCGUCGAGUCCUGCGACACUGUUGACGUCAGAAAAACGACGACUACUGGGACUAGAAGGCGACUCUAACAACGUCAUGACGACAAGGGUGGACGAAGCAUCGCCCUAUUCGACGCACCAAGAAAACUGCGACGCUGUCGUCGGCGACCUCCGAAAGAAAUUAGGGCGUGAACCACGUCGCAGAAAUAACCAAACGUCGUUGGAACAGGUGCUUUCGACGCUCGAGUUGAUUCAGAAAAGUAAUGCGUCGACUGACGACAUAUUGCACGCCGUUCACGCGGUACUGCCUGAGUUUCGAGCGGCGGCGGCCGAUGCCGUGGACGUGUACCUUGUGCAAACGAUCCCGGCGCUGCUGGACGUAGCUUUGGGCUGCGGCGAUGCCGAUGAGUUCAAAGGCAUGCAGACCCGCAUCAUGCAAACUGUUUCGGGUCUUGUGCAUGAGCAUCGGGGGACGGUGGUCGCCCAGCUGGAGCCGCUCGUGGUUGUGGUGCUGGAACGAUGUCGCAGAAGCAAUAAUAUCGUCAGUCCAUCGUCGUUGCUGGGCCAGUAUUUCGUAGACAAGACGCUACAGUUGUGUCUGGCCACGGUGAACGCUGUCGCACAAGUCGAGCUGCUCGUGCCCUUGUUAUCGACUUUGACUUCGACGGACGUUCAAGUCGUGCUCAAGUGUUUGCGGCUCGCGUUGGAACAACUCGACAUGGAAUCCUUCGCCGCAUCCGCCACCACCUCGUUCGACGCGACCGCCGCCGCCGUCAUCUCGUGUUUGCAUCACUCGAGCUCUGGCGUGCGAAAGAACGCUGUCGCAUGCUUAGUGGCGCUGUAUUUCCUUGGAGGGUCCGCGGCGUGUGCGGUGCACUUGGACAAGUUGCCGCCCCACCACCAAAAACUCGUAGGAUUAUACAUCGACAAGAAAGCUCGGCAACAUAGUAGCAACAACCACACUACUAGUAGUACUACUACUAUGGCUACUCCACCAUCUCGAUAACAAUGUUAAUUUGUGUCUUGAUAUGUACGA